AUGGAGUAUAGGGCUCUUCUUUGGCGAGCAACCACAUAUGCCAAUGUUUGUCACGACGAAUGCAACCGAAAAAAUUACCAGGAACGGUAUUCAGCUUGGCACAUCCAUGACUUUAGUAGAAAGCAGGCAACUACUUCCCUGCGCAACAUAAAAAAAGCUCCACUUGGUCAAAGAGAAAGAAGUCGAGAGCGAAAAGGCCGAAAUAAACGGAGAAUUCAUAUGCGGAGGUCUUGUGCUGUUCGACUCUUGCAGUUUGUUUCAUGUGUCCGUCAAUCAAAGGCAAUCUCAAGCAAAAGCAUGACAGGCGCCGCAGCGAUUACCAUCCAGAAGGUUGCCUUCCAACCUGCCACAUCGUCGGCGGACCCUUCUCUCCGAGGAUGCAGCGCUAAGCACCAAAGCAGAGCAGGACUGGCUCAAUAUUGCUGCUGCUCCACCGUAGUUCUGGCGCCCUCUUUGUUUCCUGGAGCCAGUUGCUUGUGA